UUUAAGAUAAAGCAAUGGUACGAGUAUUCGUGAAAUGGGGGAAAGAACGAUUCGAAUUGGAUGCAAAUGUGGACGACUCACCGCUUCAACUAAAAUCACAAUUAUUUUCAUUAACAGGUGUAAAUCCCGACCGACAAAAAGUACUCGUUAAAGGUAAAAUUCUUGGUGAUAACAGCUGGGAUGGCUGUGAGUUAAAAGACGGUAUGAUGAUGAUGAUGAUUGGUAGUGGUGGCGUGGUUCCAUCACCACCACCAGUUAGCCGUCCAGAGGAAAAUUCUAACGGUAUGGAAGCUGAGACAUCAAAUUCAAUCGUCCUGCCAGCAGGUUUGAAGAAUCUAGGCAACACAUGUUACCUGAAUGCGACUUUGCAGUGUUUCAAGGUAAUACCGGAAUUAAGGGAAGCGCUAAAUAAAUAUUCUGAAUCAGUCCAAAGUGCAUCCGUUGAUAGUGAGGGUGGAUCAAAAGCUCUUACAGCUGCUGUUCGUGAUUUAUAUCGGAUGAUGGACAACCAAAAGUCAAAAAGCUAUGGUGGUGUUAUUCCACUUAUUAUGAUACAGGUAGUGCAUAAUGUCCUUCCACAAUUUGCGGCACGUGACGAGCACGGAUGGAUGCAACAAGAUGCAAACGAAUGUUGGACUGAACUACUUCGAGCUUUUCAGACGCAAUUAAAAUUUACUGAUCACGAAUCAGAUUCAAAGGAUCAUUUGAAAUCCAUAGUUUCGAGAUAUAUGGAAGGUAGGUUCAAGAUUGAAAUGAAGAAUUUGGAAUCCGAUGUUGAACCUGUUAGUGUCACAAAAGAAUCUUUUUUACAGCUAAGUUGUUUCCUUAGCCAAGAAGUCAAGUAUAUGCAACUGGGCAUUAAAAGUAAAUUAACGGAGGAAAUUACCAAAAAAUCAGUAGUGCUUGGUCGUGAUGCUAGAUAUGAAAAGAAGACUUUGAUUGAUCGCCUUCCGGCAUAUCUAUCAAUACAGAUGGUUCGGUUUUUCUAUAAGGAAAAGGAUAAGGUCAAUGCAAAGAUUUUAAAGGACGUUAAAUUCCCUCUUAUUCUCGAUUUGUACGACAUGUGCACUCCUGAAUUACAGAAGGAGCUAUUACCGGCACGUGAUGCCUUCAAAGAGGAGGAGGACAGGAAAAUCGAAAAACUAAGAGCAUCGAAAACUUCUGAUGAGACAAUGGUAACUUCCGGGCUUGAUGAGAGUGAGAAAACCGAAAAAGCCGUUCCCUUUAGUUUCAACGAUGAUCCUGGGUCAAAUAAUAGUGGAUAUUAUGAAUUACAGGGAGUUAUAACACACAAAGGUCGUUCAUCCAGUAGUGGGCAUUAUGUCGCAUGGGUUCGCGUGAAAGGAAAUCAUUGGGCGAUGUGCGACGAUGAGGAAGUACAUCCAGUCAAUACAGAUGAUAUUUUGAAGUUGUCAGGUGGAGGUGAUUGGCAUUGUGCAUACGUAUUACUUUAUGGUCCAAGAAUAUUGAAGAAAUGAAGUUUGUGUUGUUUUUGAGUUUUGAUUGCAUUUGUCAAUCAUACAUAAUAGGCAACGACAUCACAGGAUACUUUAUUAUUUGAUUUUAUACGUAAUACAUUAUGUGUGAAAAUACACGACAUAUAUGAACGUUUGUUGGACAGUCAGCGUUGUGUUGUUCAUUUUGUCAUUUCAUUCCGUGUUUUGUUAAAGUGCAUUUAAAAAGGGUUAAUGGUAAAAACGCUAGCUAAAUUUAUGGGAAUAUUUGUGUGCGAUCUGGAAGCUAUUACCC